CGCCAGUUUGUCAGUCGUUCGCGAACCACGGAUUGAGACGUACCCGCUACCACAGUGUUAUUUACGCGCAGUUUCUUUCAACACUUCCGUGAAUACUAAUAAUCGUAGAAAAAUGGCGAGUCUGAGAUCAGGCAGUGGGGUGCAGGUGGUAACUCCUAGUGAAGACCACACAUUUCUGUUGGAUGAAGAAGCUCUCCAGAAGCUGUUGCUGCGUGCCGACGUGAAGGACCGGCCUGUGGUGCUGCUGUCCGUGGCGGGGGCCUACAGGAAGGGGAAGUCUUUUCUCCUCGACUUUUUCUUACGAUACUUGGAUCACACGUACAACAAUGGAGACGGAGGCGGUGAGUGGUUGGGAACAGAGGAUGAGGCCCUGAAGGGGUUCCCAUGGCUCGGUGGCUCUGAGCGACACACUACUGGCAUCCAUCUCUGGUCACAACCCUUCAAGGCCACCACUUCCAGCGGGGAAAAGGUGGUGAUCCUCCUGAUGGACACGCAGGGCACCUUCGACAGUAACUCCACGGUGAAGGACAACGCCACAGUGUUCGCACUGUCCACCAUGUUGUCCUCUGUCCUCAUCUACAAUCUCUCGCAAAAUAUCGAAGAAGAUGACUUGCAGCAUUUACAGUUAUUCACAGAGUACGGACGUGUGGCGCUGGAUGAGACGGGAGGCAAACCAUUCCAGCGCCUUCAGUUCCUCGUGAGGGACUGGUCCUUCGCAUACGAUCAUCCAUACGGACCGGUUGGAGGAGAACAGCUGCUCAAGAAACGACUUCUGGUCCGUGACACCCAACACGAAGAAUUGCAGAAAGUGCGUCAAGAUAUCGCGCGGUGCUUCGAGGAAGUCACCUGCUUCCUGCUGCCGCAUCCAGGACUUAAAGUGUCCACUGACCCUCACUUUAUAGGGAAACUGUCUGACAUUGAUCCUGAAUUCAAGUCAUGCUUGAAGAAGCUGGUGCCAAUGUUACUGGCGCCUGAUAACUUGGUCCCUAAACAGAUUGGAGGACAGAAGGUGAAGGCACGCGAUCUUCUGAACUACUUCAAGAGCUACGUGGAGGUGUUCAAUAGCGAGGAGCUGCCCAACCCCAUGACUAUACUACAGGCGACUGCAGAAGCAAACAACACAUCAGCAUCAUCAGAAGCGCGCAACGUGUAUGAGACGCUCAUGGACGAGAUAUGUGGCGGCACCAAGCCAUACCUACCACAACAAGUACUGGAACAGGAACAUCACAAGUGUCUCAACAAGGCACUGCACUCCUUCGACAGUAAGAAGAAGAUGGGAGGCGAGGAGAUGGCCACCAAGUACAAACAAUUACUUGUGAAGGAUCUAGAGGACCUGUUCGAUCAGUUGAAGGCGCACAACGAGAGUAAGAACAUGUACCGAAUGUUCAGUACUCCCGCGGUGUUCGCGGCGCUGUUCCUGUGUGGGUACUUGCUGAGCGUGCUCGGCGACACCUUCAGAGUUCAGACGCUCGUUGCAAUCGGACAGGCCGUCACCAUCGGGGCUGCUGUAAUGCUUGGAGCCUGGAUCUAUACUAGGAUGACAGGCAACUUACGAGAGGUGGGGAUACAACUAGAUGACAUAGCAAACAAGAUACGAUCCUUUGUGGUGACACAAGCCGAGCCAGCGCUCAAGGAGUCAUAACAAUAUUGUCUUCAGCAAGGAGUGUUUAACAUAAGUGUCAUUUAAGACUGGUCAAUUAGUGAAGGCAUCAAGCAAUUGUAGUCCAUUGUAUCUUUGGAAUACAGUAUAAAGUUCGUCAACAUGUCACGCUACAUCAAGAACAUUCAGGGGCCUCAGGAAAGCGGUUUUAGUGGUUCUCUCGUGUUGUUCUCUGUUGGUGCCAUAGCUGAAUGUACGCCAGUGGCUAGUACUUAGGUUAAGAUAAUAAAUUAUGGCGUCCAGAGGGCGAUCCUAAUGCUUAUAUUUUUAAUAAUUACGCUAUUUUUUCUUUACUCUAAGAUUUUUUCUGCUUAAAGUAUUUCUAGCUAGAUUUUUAAAUAAAGUUUAUUGUGCAUAUGUGCAUCAAUUAAAACUCAGACUGAUUAUUCUUGGAUUGAUUGUUUCUUUCAAAAACAUCGAAAAAUGUAGAUAACAAAAAAUGUGAAAUGUUUUAUAAUAACUAUCGUGAAACAUAAUAAAUAAAAUAAAAAUCGUGGGCUACUCACACAAGA